UACGACACCGUAUGUUUCUUCCGCUUAAAACAUCUUUAUUCAGUUCCAAACUCGCAUUAAUUUUUGUUGUGAAAUGGCUGUUUCGCGCUGCCAUUGCCCCGCGAGUCUGGUAUUCCGCUCCGACCGACUCUAGUGUUCGUUUGGGUCAGACUUUGACGCUAAAGAGCUUCGAGAAUUCAUGGAUUGGAACUAAAGUUGGGGUUUCGCCAUGCAGUUUCAAUCUUAGACCUGUCGUGUCCGUUUCCCGGCGCCGCCCGCUCGCUGCUACCGUCUCCUUCAGCCUCCCCACCGCAAAGCCAGAGCGUGCUUCUACUGGCCAAGAAAUUCCCAAAUGGUUUUCCAAGGCUAUAAAAUCAUUUGCAAUGUCUGAAUUGGAGGCAAGAAAACUGAAGUAUCUGACCACUGGCACUGAAGCCCUUCUCAUGGGGGUUCUCAUUGAGAGUACUAAUCUAACUGCUAAGUUUUUGCGAGCCCAUGGAAUUACAAUUCUCAAGGUGCGUGAUGAAACUGUGAAGUUACUUGGAAAAGCUGAUUUGUUUUUCUUCAGCCCAGAGCAUCCUCCACUGACUGAUGAAGCUCAGAGGGCCCUUGAUUGGGCUGUUGAUCAAAAAAUAAAAUAUGGUGAUGGCGGGGAAAUUACCACUUCACACAUACUUCUUGGCAUUUGGUCUGAAGUGGAUUCUCCUGGUCACAAGAUUCUGUUUACUCUUGGCUUUAAUGAUGAAAAAGCUAAAGAGCUUGAGCCCUCAAUUUCUAAACCUGGAUGUACGGAUGAUUGAUGUCUGCUUUAAUAUGUAUGAGCAAGAGUUUUGCUUUAAUUGCAUAUUGGCCAUUGAUGCCAUUGUUUGUACAAUUGAUAGAUCAACAGGCUGUCUGUUCCGCCUAUUGAUUUGGAUGCAUAAAUCUUCUUUUCA